AGGAUAUCGAGUCGAUCAAGAGACAAAGGACUACAGAGCCCACUCAGUCGCCUGAAGAUACGAUCGUCAACGUGAACUCUGAGCCCAGACCAUCCUCUCCAGACACUGUAAUCGGUUCAAAACCAACCUCACCAGUCUCACCCUCGCUUCCUGCACCACUUCAAGAAAAGAUGGAUGCGGCCUCAACGGAUCAAGUGGGCGUUGCAAGCGACGAGGUUUCUAUUCCAUUCACGCCUUCAGAUACUGCAGUUGGUUCCAACCCAACUUCACCAAGCUCCAUCACACCGUCGCAUGCUCAAGAACAGACGCCUGGCCCGCCGAGUGGGGAUAAUUUGCGAUCCGUUGAAGCAUGUGUCUACAUGAUCUACGAGCCAGAUGCUGAAGUAGUCGAUGGAUACUUCUGUGGCAGAUGCCUUGAUCGCUAUGACAACGAUAUGAUACCCGAACAACCGGAUGUGUUAGUGAACCCAAAAUUUGAAGACCUCUUUAUGCAUUGUACGCAAGAACACCCCACGAUCUGGGAGGACCUCCGUCAUAGGAGAGACCUUGAGCCACUAGCACCAUCACCACCCUCGUGACUCCCCUUCCUUCAUACCUCAUUUUUCUACACUAGUACGUCUUGCGCAUAUUAUUAUCUUAUGACCACUAGAAUUGUGAUAAUUUUAUGCUAUGCACAUCACGAAAUGUCAGCCAUACUAUGAAUACAUCUCAGUCUUGAU